CAAAGAUGGCGACCAGUGCCGUGAGUACGACAGAUCGCUUUUAUUUCACCAAAGAACAAUUGGAAAAUACGCCAUCAAGAAAGAAUGGAGUCGAUCCGGAGAAAGAGCAGAGUUAUAGGCAACAGGCAGCAACGCUUAUUCAAGAUAUGGGACAACGUCUCUCAGUGAGCCAGCUGACGAUAAACACUGCCAUCGUUUACAUGCACAGAUUUUACAUGUUCCAUUCAUUUAACAAAUUCCAUCGAAACGCAUUGGCUCCGUGCUGUCUAUUCUUGGCUGCAAAAAUUGAGGAACAACCACGCAAAUUGGAGCAUGUAAUCAAAGUGGCUCAUGCUUGUCUACACAGGGAUGCUCCCCCUCUGGACCCAAAGAGUGAGGAAUACCUGCAACAGGCUCAAGACAUGAUUGAAAAUGAAGCUAUUCUGUUACAAACACUAGGAUUUGAGAUCACCGUUAGCCAUCCACACACUUAUGUAGUCAAGUGUAUCCAGCUGGUGAGAGCUAGCAAGGACCUUGGCCAGACAUCGUACUUCAUGGCCACAAACAGCCUUCAUCUCACCACAUUAUGUCUGCAGUACAAACCACCUGUAGUUGCAUGUGCAUGUAUUCACCUUGCAUCCAAAUGGUCCAAUUGGGAGAUUCCAAGAUCAAAUGAUGGAAAGGACUGGUGGGAAUACAUUGAUCCUACAGUCAACAAAACAAUGCUAGAUGAAAUUGCUCAAGAUUUUCUGAAAGUGAUGGAAAAGUGCCCCAACAGGCUUAAAAGAAAGAUCAGUUCUGUUGCCAACUUGAAGGGGGUGUCUCACAGUAAGGUGUCCAAAGGAGAGUCAAGUAAAUUAAGCAGCACUGCAAGCAGCAGUUCGGGAGCAUCUUCAUCAGCCACGGCUCAUAACAGCAUCGACGGAGCUCAGAAUGGCUAUUCAUAUAGCGAUGCAGUAAAGUUACGAAAUGAUCUCGAUGGCAAAUCAUCGCACAGGCAAAAGACUGAGAAAGACAAGGAAAGAGAGAAAGAGAAACGGAAGGAAUCGCUUAAACUCAAACCGUUGCCAGUUUCUUCCACGGUGACCGCGUCAAGUGCGGCAAGCUCUUCAGCUUCCUUAACAGCGAUGCCUCCCAUCUUACCGCCGCUUCCUCCCCUAACGUCCAAAUAUGCAACGGUAACGACAGCUGGUCAGACGUCAGGUAGUGAAUCCAAAACGACAACAUCUACAGCUCAUUCAACUUCAGGAGCCUUACUGUCCACGAAGGAAUCAUCCCGCAAACAUAAGCACCACCAUCAUCACCUUCAGGAUGACGGAACUCCCGCUAAGAAACACAAAUCUUCGCAUUCUCAUUCGCAGCGCGCGCAUUCAUCGUCUCAUCGUACGCCCAGCGGGUCUUCGCAGUCGUCUGACUCCUCUCCGUCUAAGAGCGUCAAACAUUCUCAUCCUUCUGCGUCGUCGUCUUCUCAUCACAAAAGCGCCAGCUCCGGCUCAAGCCAUGCCGUCAAACUGCCACACCCACCUCACCAUUCCUCUUCUCAAGCUUCGCUAAGCUCCUCUCAUUCCUCUCAUUCUCACUCUUCCUCCAAGAAACCACACCCUUCAUCUCAACACGGGUCUUCAAGCCACAAGCCAUCGUCUCACCACGGGCACGGCCAUUCCUCGUCACAUAAACCACUUGCUACUGCAAUACAAGUAACUAAAAAACACUCCGUAAACCCUGCACCAAUGUUAACUUCUUCGUCUCAAGCACUGGCUAAGCCAUUGACACCCCCACCACCCCCUCCCCCACCUCCGAUGGAAUUUAACCUACUCUCUUCACUGAACACUCCAGUUGGUUUUCCAAGUGCAGAAAUGCAUCCACCUUCGGCUGGCCAAUUUUCUGGUCAAUUCUUACCGUCUGGUUUUCCACCUGGUAUGAUGCCCGGCAGCUUGAUGUCAGGAAUAAUGCAAGGAAUGGUCCCCCCUCCUCCACCCCCUGAACCUGAGCCAUCAUCGCCCCCACCCCCACCCCCUCCACCCAUGCCGUGACAUCUUAGAUGAGUCGAAAAAGGUUUUAUGAAAAGUUCUCCUUCUCGUCAUUUCAUGGAGUAGGGAUUCUUCUUCAUUUGGAUUCAAGCUUUUCAGGAGAGGCUUAUCCGAAAUCAAGGAGUUCAUCGGCCGUAAUAAUUUGGAGAAGUAUUUUCCACCUUUAAGUGUUCACACCUUUUCACCUUGGUGUGCCUCUAAGUGGAUCUCUUCGAGAUUUUAUCCCAUUUGCGUUGGGUUAAUUUUUUGGCCGUACUGCCAAAACGUCCAUAAACGUCAAGUUUAAAUUGCAAAUAUCUUUGAGUAUAAGGAAGCCCUUUCUAGUUUGAGAAAUUUUAAACUAGUCAACGAGGAAUCAUUUGAGUCAUUAAGAAGGAGCCAUUGAAUCAAAACGGCAAGACGACUGGCGCAGAUUUUUGUGUCCGGACAACAUUUAAAUUAAAAAUUUGAAUAAAAAAUUUAUAAGACAAGAGAGUGCAAGUAAGAUAUGCACAUGAACUAAUUUGGUGCAAACUACGCACAGUUUUUUUUUCGUACUCUGUUUAUUGUUAAUGUUAGAUAUUAGACAGAUUGAGGGUAGUUCGCUGGUGUAAUGCGGUUGGUUGUUUUAUUCGUGAUCAUUUCUGGCGGAUACGGAAGGGAAAAGACAGAAUCACCCGGAAAAAGUGAUGGGUGUGUCAGUUACACAACUUCGUACAGAUUAUAAGAGUACAUAAUGUUUAUUGUGGUAUUGUUUUGUAAAAAAGUGGAAAAAGAAAGAAAUUGAUGGUAUUCGGGCUUAGCCUUUGCUAAAUGUUUCGAUUAAUUGUUUAUUUGGAAUAGAGACAUUUGAAAAGACUUGAUUAAGAGAGAGCUAUGCUGUAGAAAGGCGAAUUGUACAAAUUGUUACUUAUUGUGAGAACUAUGGUGUAAGCUAACUCAGAUUGGAGUUUGGUCUUUAUUUCGAUGCGUCAUGAAACGACAACUGAGUGUCUAAAAUCGCAAAAAAUAGCAAAAUGGUUGGGUCUCAAAGUGAGAUAUCUGGUAAACAUGUAAUCUUCAUGGUCGCGGAUGGUCGGGUCGACUGACGCUUGGUGGUUUUGUUCUCAGGUCUGUCGUCUGUGAGAAACCUGGGAACAAGGCUAUCCUUGAUAUUUCUUUUAAGUUAACAGGCCUCUUACUCUCUUAGUAAAGCUCUGGAAGCUACUUUGAUGCGUUGAAAAGCAGAAUGCACAUUGCAAAAAUCAAAAGAGACGAAAACAAUGAAAAAAAGGAACUUUGCUGGUCAGAGUCGCCCGUUUGCGGGGAAACUGUAACGACAGAAACCUCAGUUACUGCAGGGUUUUGCACGUAACUUGCAUAGCUUAUCGAGGUAAUGAAAUUCGAGUGGACAUAGAAGACGUGACUAACAUAGAUGAAUUACUUGUUUGCAGCGAACAAAAUGCUACGUGGAAAAUAACUUAAGAAAAGUUACCCAAUGGACCUCUUUCAUUGUAGUAAAGAGGGGACUGUUAAUGAGACUUGAAGGACAUUUCCAAGGAAAUGAAUAAACCUGCUGGUUCUGUCUCCGUUAUUUGACCUUUCAAAGCCUUGCUAUCAGCAAGAAUUUUGUUACAUCGAAAGAAGCACAGUAUUGUGGAGCGCUGCUGAACAGUUACGAGAAAUAAAUUUGUCUCCUUUUUUAGACCUUUAA